GUCCAGGCGGUGGUGAUGGAGUAUAAAUGGAGAGGAGCUCUUCUGUUCUGCCUCACACCAACCAGCUCUCAAUCAGCUGCCCUGCUACUGAUACUACUCUUCAUCACAGAGCUACUCCGUCCAUCUCCUCCUCCUCAGAUCUCCAGCAUGGCGGCGCUGUGGCUCCAGUCUGUCUCUCUGCUGGUCUUACUGAUCGUAUCGUGGCCGGGCUCCCAGGCCUUCACACCUCCACAGCACCUGUGCGGCUCUCACCUGGUCGACGCCCUCUACCUGGUCUGCGGGGACAGAGGCUUCUUCUACAACCCCAAGAGAGAUGUCGACCCUCUGAUGGGUUUCCUCCCUCCGAAGGCGGAUGGAGCAGCGGGAGCGGGUGGCGAGAACGAGGUGGCCGAGUUCGCCUUCAAGGACCAGAUGGAAAUGAUGGUGAAGCGAGGCAUCGUGGAGCAGUGCUGCCACAAGCCCUGCAACAUCCCCGUCCUGCAGAACUACUGCAACUGAACGGCGCUUAGCUUAGCUUCUUAGCUAACUUGGCCUGAAGCCUCUGCCCCCGCCACUACAACCCCACCAGAAUCAGAAGAGCGGCAGUGCUGUCCUCUCUCAGAAAAACCAACUGCUGUCUAAUGAAGUGCUGAAAAAUGAAAUUAUUUUUCCUAGAAAAUAAAGUUUUGUGUAUUGAGUAAAUAUCAA